UGAAUCAUGCACGAUGCAUCGUCAAGCUCCAUUACGACAUUCUCUGCCCCGGCACCACCGGUGGUCGGCAAAUGCGGGUGUUGACGAGUAUCCUGAACGCGGGCGACAAGCCCCUGAAGGAGAGCGCCCUCCCGCACCCUCUCGUCGAGACGUUCCUGCACUUCAAGUGGAAGAAGCUGUGCGGGAUCUUCCUGUGCUUCGCCUUGGUCAACACCCUUUUCACCGUCUCGCUCACUGCCCGCUCCAUGCUCCUCCACCUCCAUCGCUCGCCCGAGGCCCAGAAGGGAUUCUUCGCCGCCGCCGUUGCCGAUGCCGUCUGCCAGUUCUUCCUCUUCCUCACCUUCCCUGCUAUCAUAGUCAAGGUCCGAUCAACCUCACUGAAAAAAAUAAUAUGCUGUUUUAGCACAUAGGAUGUCAAAAAUGUG